CAGCGCUGAAGAUGCUGACGUCAUGAAAUCAACAAGAUGGCUGCGCGAUAUGCGGAAGUAACAUAACCUAACUUUUAUUUACGAGUUUCCGUGUCGUUUGUUUCCAAACAGUUUGGUGACUACAUUGCCGUGGUGUACAACACUUUCUGAUCUGCACCAUGCCGGCUGUGAGUAAGAAGAACCUGUACCUGUCCACGUCUGUCGGCGGGCUCAACAAGCUGGCAGAGGUCAAGUUUGAACGGGGAAUCAGCUUGAAAAGUUACUGUAACUCUGCCAACAAACUUUACAAGGCAGCCCUGGAGCACAGUCUGCUGGGGGAUGAGGAGAAGGCCUACGUUCUCUACAUGAAGUACUUCAACCUGUACGGACAUAUCAGGAAGUCACGGGACUUCAAAAAGGAAGAGUCCUAUUAUGCCAAGUUGAUGGGGUCCUCCAAUGCUAAGAAGGCAAUAGAAGAAGCUGAAAAACUGUCCAAGAGCCUGAAUGACAGGUAUGACCUGAAAGCAGAUGCAGAGAAGGCCCAGAAAGUUGCAGAAGAAUUAGAAGUGCUGAGAGACAGUUCUGGCAAGGAUGAUAAAGUCACCCUCUCUCCCAGUGAUGAUGUUGGUAGUUUCUACCCCUACGUACCUGUGGACAAACUGUCAUCAUCAGGGGUGUACAGUCUUCUAAAGGUAGGAGAGAAGACAACUCCUCUGUCACCUGAGAAGUCAGAUGAGCCAGAUGACAUCACUAAGGCUCUAAAGCAGAGUGUUUCAGUAAUAAAAGAUUGCAAGCCAGGGUUGAUCUCAGCAGACCAGCUGUACAACAUGAUACAGGAUAAAGACACGUCCUUCCUGCUCAUGGAUGUACGGCCAAAGGACCAGUAUGACUCUUCUCACUUCAAACAUGACAACAGCAUCAACAUUCCAGCAGACAUCAUCAAACCUGGCACCACAGUUAGCGUACUGGAAAAGAGUCUACCUGAGGAUACCAGGAGACAGUGGGACAGGCGGGGACAGGUGGACCACAUCAUCCUGGUAGACUGGGAGGGGACGACUGAACACCCUGCUGUUGGAUCUACUCUGCAGAGCCUGAAGGAUGCUAUGUUUAAGUGGGAUUCAGUGACCAUAAUAAAGAGUGAGCCCCUGGUACUGGAGGGAGGGUUUGACAACUGGCUGUUCACCUACCCCAUGUACACCACUAACCCCAGCUUCCAACGUCCUCCAGCAUACAGGCAACAAGAACAACAGGACAUCAUGUCAUUGAACUUUGAGUACCCAACACUUGAUGAUGAGGUUGAAGAAGAGCCAGAAAAGCUGGAACAGAAGAAAGAUGAGAGGUCUUCUCCGGAUGGUCAGGUUCAGCCUGUUCCUGUCUCAACAGCCAAUCAGAGCGGUCCUACUGUAGGGCUGGUCAGUGCCACAGCCUCACAGGAGACUAAGGACAUUUUGAAGCCAUCUCCACCAAUGGUCAACAGAGCGACUAAACCAGUAGUAAAAGUCCCCCCCUCCUCACCAACCCCACAGACACCCCCGUCCAUGGUGAAUGGAACAGCUGCUGCUGAAGACUCAGUUGUCCAGGCCAACAAACCUUCACAGCCUGGAACAACUCAGACAUCCUUUCCACAAGUAGACAGAAGUACUAAGCCGAAGAUACCUUUGGACAAAACAUCCGAGUCAGAUAAAACAUCAGGGCCUUCAGAAGCUGAGCUCAGGAUCUCAGAGUUAGCCAAGAUGGGCCUGGAGAAACUGGAAGCAGAGAAGAGGAAAAUAGAAGAGGAGAAGCAGAGAAUUGAGGAGGAGAAGAGAAAACUGGAAGCAGAAAGACUGCAGCACAUCAGAGAUAUGCAGGAAAAGGAAGAAGAGAAGAAGCUGGAACUAGAGAAAAUAGAAGAAGAAAAGAGAGUGAGAGACAGACAGCUGGAGAAGCUGAGAAGACAGAAACAGGAGAAGAUCAAACAAGAGAAAGAGGCACAGGAGAAAAGAGAGGAAGAACUGGAGAAGAAACGGCAAGAACAAGAGAGGGCUAGACAGCUGGAAGAAGAAGAAAAGAAAGCACAGGAGCUGGAAAAGAACAAGAAAAGAGAAGCAGAAAUGAAGGCACAGAAGGAAAAAGAAGAAGCAGAGAGAGCAGAAAAGUUGCAGAGAGAGCAGGAAAAACUGAACAGAGAGAAAGCUGAGAAGGCAAGGCAGGAGGAGCUGGCCAGGGCUGAGAGAGAGAAACAAGAGAGACUGAGACAGGAGGCAGCGAGGAGAGAGCAGGAGGAACAGGAGAGACAGGACAGGAUACAGAAACAGCAGGAGAGGGACAGGGAGUUCGCUAGACUGGAGUCUGACAAGUCCCCGGCAGGACCAAAGACCCCCGUGACUAGCCCUGGCUUGCCUGCUGGUUGGGAGAAGGUGUUAGACCAGCAGACAGGCAGGUAUUACUACAAGGACCACAACACAGCCUCCACACACUGGAACUUACCUCAGUCCAUUCUAAACAGGAGUCCUGGGGCUGUGAGUGGGACAUAUACUGCUCCUCUUCAAGAUGAACCACAAGGAGGAAAAGGCAAGCUGCGCAGGUCCCACUCCUCACCUAACAUCGCCCAGAUGGUGGCAGAGGAGUUAGAGACAAAGAGGGUUCCUAAAGUGGACAGGAGAGGCAAACCUGAGAUUGUCCGCGCCCCGAAGGUCAAACCAGAGUCAGCCGAGGUGCAGGCAGCUCGACUCAGGAACAUGCAGCCUGUGUUUGGAGGACAGGGUCGGGGAAUGACAGGAUUGAGGAACUUGGGAAACACCUGUUACAUGAACUCCAUCAUACAGAGUCUGUGUGCUGCUACCCUACUGUCUGAGUACUUCCUCAGGGAAACUUACAAGUUUGACAUCAACAGGGAGAACAAACUGGGCUGUAACGGUGAGAUCGCUGAGGAGUUUGCUGCAGUCAUCAAAGCACUGUGGUCAGGACAGUAUAGGUCCAUAGCACCCAGGGACUUCAAGUGCUCUGUCGGCAAGUACAACUCCCAGUUUGCCAACUUUAACCAGCAGGACUCACAAGAGUUCUUGUUGUUCCUGAUGGACGGACUACAUGAAGACAUGAACAGGGUGAAGAAGCGUGAGUACAUACAGGAGGAGGACCAGCCCCAGCUGCCUGACGUCACGCUGGCUGAGAGAGCCUGGCAGAACCACAAAAGACUCAACCAGUCCAUCAUUGUAGAGCUGUUCCAGGGCCAGUUCAAGUCGACUUUACAGUGCCUGCGGUGCAACAACACGUCCACCACGUUUGAGGCCUUCAUGUACCUGUCCCUGCCCAUACCAUCAUCAGGGAGGUGUAAACUACAGGAUUGUGUUCAGACGUUCACCAAGUCUGAGAAGGUGUCAGGGAGUGACAAGUGGUACUGUUCCCGCUGUAAGACUCACAGGGAGGCUGUGAAGAAGAUAGAGAUCUGGAAACUCCCACCGUUCUUGCUCAUACACCUGAAGAGGUUUAAGUAUGAGGGAGUGUGGAGACAGAAGUUAAACACCAAUGUGGACUUCCCUCUCAGCAGUUUUGACAUGAGGCCCUUUAUUGUAGGACCCAAACCACAGCCACACUACAAACUGUUCGCUGUGUCGAACCACUAUGGCACCAUGGAGGGAGGACACUACACAGCCUUCUGCAGGAACACCAGUAACAGGAAAUGGUACAAGUUUGACGACCAUGAAGUCAACGAGUUAUCCACCUCAAGUGUCCAGUCUUCUGCUGCCUACAUCCUGUUCUACAGUGCAAUGGAGCUCCAGCCCCCCAACCAGACAUCCUUCUGAACAUACAUUCUUACAGGCACCCAAAGUGAUUCCAGGGCCGUAAAAAUGGACUUGUAAAGUCAAUUUCCUGGUAAUUUGUAAGUGUAAAAAAACCCUAUUACAUAGCAUACUGAUAUCUGUAAGGCAGAAAUGCAAUGUCUUUGAUGGAAAACGGUUA